GAAUAUUUUUGUAGGAUGGGUUUCAUCUUUGGUUGGCUGCCAACCGAGCACUAUGUGCGCGACAUCUUCCUCAUGACUUCAUUGGCCGCCAUUGUGGCCACCCUGAUGAGCAUUCGGUUCUAUCUGCGCAUCACGGCGGGACGAUGUUUCACCGAGACAAAGAUGGAGGGCAAGACAGUUAUCAUUACCGGCGCCAACAGCGGAAUUGGCAAGGAGACGGCUAAGGAUUUGGCUGGACGUGGAGCCCGCAUUAUCAUGGCUUGCAGGAAUUUGGAGACCGCCAAUGCAGUGAAGGAUGAAAUCAUCAAGGAAACGAACAACAGCAAGGUCCUGGUUAAGAAACUGGAUUUGGGUUCCCAGAAGUCCGUCCGGGAGUUCGCUGCUGAUAUUGUUAAGACCGAACCCAAGAUUGAUGUACUGAUCCACAAUGCCGGUAUGGCUUUGGCCUUCCGAGGACAGACGAGUGAGGAUGGCGUAGAGUUGACCAUGGCAACCAACCAUUACGGUCCCUUCCUGCUGACUCACCUGCUCAUUGAUGUGCUGAAGAAGAGUGCUCCGGCUCGUAUUGUGAUCGUGGCCUCGGAGUUGUAUCGUCUGUCUUCAGUUAACUUGGCUAAGUUGAAUCCGAUUGGAACUUUCCCGGCUGCCUACUUGUACUACGUGUCCAAGUUCGCCAACAUUUACUUCGCCCGAGAGCUAGCCAAGAGGCUGGAGGGCACCAGGGUGACUGUGAACUUCCUGCAUCCGGGAAUGAUCGAUUCUGGCAUCUGGCGCAAUGUCCCUUUCCCUCUUAACCUGCCCAUGAUGGCCAUUACUAAGGGAUUCUUCAAGACCACCAAGGCUGGAGCCCAGACUACCAUCUAUUUGGCAACAUCCGAUGAGGUAGCGAACGUCUCUGGCAAAUAUUUCAUGGACUGCAAGGAGGCUACCCUUAAUGCCGCUGCCCUCGACGAGGAGAAGGGUCUUAAGAUCUGGGAGGAGUCACUUAAGAUCGUCAAGCUUACACCCCAGGAACCGAAGAUCUAAGAUAGUAAUCGAGGGCUAAGAGGUAGUGCACAGCGCCUAAGCGCAUUUAACUGAUUUGCUUUUCUUGUUAUAAAGGGGGAGUUUAAUGUAGUGUAAGUUUUUCAUCUCAAUAAAUACAAUUUUGUAAAAUUAA